AUGGCUUCUAGCUGCCUCCAAUGGCUCCUUCUUGUCCAAGCCUUUCUCACCGUAGCCGCCUCCUCUGAUUCUUGUCACUUCCCAGCCAUCUUCAACUUCGGCGACUCCAACUCUGACACUGGUGGGCUGUCAGCCGCCUUCGGGGCGGCCCCGCCACCUUACGGCGAGUCCUUUUUUGGCAAGCCGGUCGGCCGGUACUCUGACGGUCGUCUCAUUGUCGACUUCAUAGCAAGUAGCCUGGGCCUCCCGUUCCUCAGCGCUUAUCUCAACUCUAUUGGCACCAAUUUCUCUCACGGUGCAAACUUUGCCACGGCCGGGUCAACGAUCAGGCAGCCUUACGCCACACUGAGCCAGUCUGGCUUCAGCCCCAUAUCCAUGGAUGUCCAGACUUGGGAGUUCUCCCAGUUCAAGUCUCGCUCCCAAGCACUCAUACAACAAGGAUUGUUCAAGGAUCAACUGCCGAAGGAAGAGUACUUCUCUCAAGCCCUAUACACGAUCGACAUUGGCCAGAACGACCUCACGGAGAGUUAUUUUAGAAACUGGACCACCGACGAAGUCAAAUCGGCCAUUCCUGAUAUCUUGGAUAAGUUUGUUCUCGCCAUUCAGAGUAUUUAUUCGGAUGGAGGGAGGUACUUUUGGAUUCAUAACACUGGGCCUUUUGGCUGCCUCCCUUAUGUUUUAGACCGACUCACCCUUAAAGCGCCAGAGGUGGACCGUUUUGGCUGUGGGGCCCCCUUUAACUACGUAGCCCAGCUAUUCAACCAAAAGCUAAACCAGACUUUGAGUCAACUGAGAAAGGAUCUCCCACUAGGUGUCUUCACCUACGUGGAUAUUUUCUCGGUCAAGCGCGAGCUCCUAAGCCAUCCGCACCAGCAUGGAUUUGAGUUGCCACUUGUAGCAUGUUGUGGGCAUGGAGGAAAGUACAACUACAAUAUGAAUAUAGGAUGUGGAUCGACAGUGACAAGAAAUGGAAAAGAGGUGAUUGUUGGAAAGGCAUGCCAGAAUCCAUCGAAGAGGAUCAUUUGGGAUGGAGUUCACUAUACUGACGCCGCCAACAAAUGGAUCUUUCAACAAAUUGUGGAUGGAAAAUUCUCGGAUCCACCGGUUCCUCUACAGUUGGCUUGCAAAACGAAGGCAUAAUGAGUUGUUGAUGCAUUAGGUUUUAGCUUAUUGAUUUCGAAUUUUAGUCGAUCUUGUUAGGAAGCUUGAUUAUUAAUAAAUUGCCAAUUAUAUUUA